AUGCCGGUGCGCAUCGCGUCAUACAAUAUUUUAGUACCCAUCUAUGCGGAUCAACCAGAAAAUUAUUGUAAUUGUCGACCUGAAUUUCUGAAAACUGAUUAUCGAUGGAAUUUGAUUCGAUCUCAGUUAGAACAAGAAAUUCAUCAUCAUGAAAAUACGAUUAUCUGUUUACAAGAAUUGUCACUUACUUUGUUACCAAAACUUGAAUUAUUUUUUCGUCAACUGAAUUACACAUUCUUUCAUAAUCUUUAUGGUCAACAGUAUAAUGAUUAUAUGGGAGUGGGCAUUGCAAUUCCAGCUUCCAUGGAACUCAAUUCACUUUCUAUUGUCAAAAUAGGAGACCAUAUUCGCUCAAUGUGUAAACCUCGUGAAAAAAAGGCAGAUCCUUUUAUAUGUCAAUGGAAUUCGUCCGAGACUGGUAUGAACGAAUCUAUAGAUUCUGAAGUGGAUCCAUGGGAAACUGCUAUGACUAGAGCCAAUACUCUUAUUUGUAUACAAGUCAUUAUCGAUAAUAAAUCAAUCUACAUAGGCACAUACCACAUGCCUUGUUAUUACAAGGAGCCCGAUGUUAUGGCAAUUCAUUCUUUAGUUGUGAAAGAUUUGAUGUUUCAAUUAGCAGCUGGAGAUAAUUUUAUUCUUACUGGUGACUUCAAUAUUGAACCAUGGAAUGAUUGUUACAAAGUUCUAACCGAUAAAAAUUAUGUUGGUUGUCGUUUGCCAGAAUCCAAUCUUUAUGAAAUCUCUUAUCGACCUAAUGCCGAACAAGUAUUGAGAAGCGCCUAUUGGGAGAAAAAUGGAGUCGAACCUGUUUACACGACUUUUUCUAAAAGUUCAUCGUCACCGGCCUAUCGUGAUACGUUGGAUUAUAUUUUCUUUAACGGUCAUUUUACGAUAGAAAAUGUGUUAGAAUUACCAGUUAAUCCUUCUAGUGAAUCUUAUCCUGAUGAAACACAUCCUUCGGAUCAUCUAAUGAUUGCAGCAACAUUUCGAUUAUUGUAA